AGUCGCUCUCUCUCUCUCUCUCUCUCUCUCUCUCUCUCCCCCCUCUGCAUUCAAAGCACAGAAAGAAAACGAUGAAACGCGGAGCCAACCCCACAUCCAGCUAACUUCAAAAUCAUCCAAAUUCAUUCCAAUUCAUCCCCACCCAUAAUCAGAUAUUUAAGCUCACUCUUCCUCUAUGGCCAUGGCAUUUUCUUCAUCCAUUCGUUAUAAUUAUCCCACCCAACCACCGUUUUCCAACGGUUACUUUUUCCCUCUUUGAAUGACCCAAAAAAGAAACGGACCCAAAGGGAAACUCACCCCAUAAAACCCACUUCACUUGCCCCCCCCUCUUCUACAUUCUUAGAUCGGCGCCGGAGUGAAGAAAUUGGGCUUUUAGAGCAACACCCAGAUGGAUUUCAAUUCGUUUUUGACGUCUUUAGCGACGUCGUUUGUGAUAUUUCUGGUUCUGAUGGUGGUUUUCGCCUGGCUUUCUGCUAAACCUGCCAACCAUGUCGUUUAUUACCCGAAUCGGAUCCUCAAGGGCUUGGAUCCGACCGGCGGGUCCACGACCCGGAGCCCCUUUGCCUGGAUUCAGGAAGCUCUGUCAACUUCUGAGCAGGAUGUGAUUUCUAUGUCAGGGGUUGAUACUGCCGUCUACUUUGUGUUUAUGGCCACUGUGCUGGGGAUUUUUGUGUUGUCUGCCGUUAUUCUGCUGCCAGUUCUUAUUCCAGUUGCUGUUACUGAUGAUGGUAUUAAGAAUGCUGCAAAAAACAGCACCCUGAGUGCUGGGACUUUCAGUGAACUUGAUAACUUAUCCAUCGGAAAUGUUAAUCUGGGGAGUGAUCGGCUGUGGGCCUUCUUACUGGCCGCAUACUGGGUUUCCAUUGUGGCAUAUUACCUGACAUGGAAAGCUUACAAUCAUGUUUCAACUCUGAGAGCUGAAGCUCUAAUGUCUCCAGAAAUAAAGGCUGAACAAUUUGCUAUUAUUGUUAGAGAUAUCCCUCCAGUUCCUGAAGGUCAAACUAGAAAGGAACAGAUCGAUUCUUUCUUUAGGAAUAUCUAUCCCGAUACAUUUUAUCGGUCGAUGAUCGUCACAGACAACAAAGAGGUCAAUAAGUUGUAUGAGGAGUUGGAAGGAUACAAGAAGAAGCUUGAACGGUCCGAAGCAGUCUUUGCGUCUUCGAAAACCGAAGCCAAGCCAGAAGGAGUAAGACCAACACAUAAAACCGGCUUCCUCGGUCUCAUUGGUGAAAAAGUUGACAGCAUAGAAUUCUAUUCCGAGAAGAUCAAUGAGCUAGUCCCAAAAUUGGAAUCCGAACAAAAGGCUACACUCAGGCAGAAGCAGAAGAAUGCUGCUUUAGUCUUCUUCAAUAACCGGGUCACCGCAGCUUCUGCAGCUCAAAACUUGCAUGCACAAAUCGUUGAUAAAUGGACUGCUCUGGCAGCUCCUGAACCCCACCAGGUUCUCUGGCCUAAUCUUUACAUAAAUUUUAUCCAGAGGCAAGUUAGACAGUAUGUUGUGUAUGUCAUCGUGGCAUUGAUCAUCUUCUUUUACAUGAUUCCAAUUGGUAUCAUUUCUGCUUUUACGACGCUCGACAACAUGAUGAAACUUCUGCCGUUUUUGAAGCCGGUUUUGGAGAUAAAUGCAGUCAAGGUGGUUUUGGCAGCUUACUUACCUCAAAUAGCUUUGAUUAUCUUCUUAGCUAUGCUGCCCAAGUUGCUACUCUUUCUAUCCAAAGCUGAGGGAAUUCCUUCGGAGGGACACGCGGUGAGGGCUGCUUCUGGGAAAUAUUUCUAUUUCUCAGUGUUGAAUGUUUUCCUUGGAGUUACUUUGAGUGGUACACUGUUCAGAACAUUCAAGAGCAUCCAGAAGGAUCCAAACUCUCUUAUUCCCUUGUUAGCAAGUAGCCUCCCAGGCAGUGCAACUUUCUUUCUCACCUUUGUGGCUCUCAAGUUCUUCGUCGGUUAUGGUCUUGAACUAUCUAGGAUAGUUCCUCUUAUCAUAUUCCAUUUGAAGAAGAAAUUCCUUUGCAAAUCUGAGGCUGAGGUGAAAGAUGCCUGGGCUCCUGGAGAUCUUGGUUAUGGCACUAGAGUUCCUGGUGACAUGCUUAUUUUUACCAUAGUCCUCUGCUACUCCAUUAUAACGCCUCUGAUCGUCCCGUUUGGUGUCAUAUAUUUCGGUCUUGGAUGGCUUAUUCUUCGGAAUCAGGCCCUCAAAGUUUAUGUUCCUUCCUAUGAGACAUAUGGAAGAAUGUGGCCUCAUAUAUUCAAUCGUAUAAUAGCGGCUCUCUUACUAUACCAACUUACCAUGUUCGGUUUCUUCGGGGUGAAGAAAUUCUUAUAUGCUCCAAUCCUAAUUCCGCUUCCCAUAAUUUCCCUGAUAUAUUCCUACCUUUGUCAUAAGAAAUUCUAUCGAUCCUUCGCCAAUACAGCUCUCGAAGUUGCUCGUAACGAGCUGAAGGAGGUUCCCAACAUGGAACAAGUAUUCAGAUCUUUCAUCCCACCAAGUUUGAGCUCCGAGAAGGCCGAGGAAGAUCUAUUCGAAGAUGCAAGGUCUCAUGUUUCGAGAACGGGAUCAUUUGUCUAGUACAAGUUUACGCAGUUAUCGCUUUGUUCGUCGUUGCAUUAGGUGAAAAUAUGUUGAUAGGGUAACUUGCAUUAGGGAUCAAGAAGCUCAGGUUGUGAUUAAUGAAUACCUCACUUUGUGUUUAUGGGUCUUCCACUUGAUUUGUUAGUUUCAAUAGCCAUUAGAGAUAGGCAAGUGAUGUGUGUUCAAGAAUGGAAAUUCUUCAAUGUCUUGUGUAAGUAAUUAAUGAAAUUGAAAUAGUGUUAUUUCCUUCUUUCAA